AAAAUGCAGGGCUUGUCCUUAACCCUGACGUCAGAUCUUGCUUUAAUAAAACCCCCUCAGGGCUGCGGGAAGAGGCAUAUCUGGCACUCCUGAUGGGCCAGGUCAGUCUCGGCCCAGCUCCCCCGAGAGGUGGCCGGAUCCUCUGGGCUGCUCCGUAGAUGCCUUGGCCACUGACCUCCAGGCAUGAGGUGGUUCCUGCCGUGGGCGCUGGUGGCAGUGACAGCAGUAGGAGCAGUGGGCAGCACCCCGGCCAUGGCCCUCUCUCCAGCUCCCACGGCCACGGUCUUCACCCCGGCUCCCCUGGAGGACACCUCUGCACACCCCCAGUUCUGCAAGUGGCCGUGCGAGUGCCCGUCCUCCCCGCCCCGCUGCCCGCUGGGGGUCAGCCUCAUCACAGACGGCUGCGAAUGCUGCAAGAUGUGUGCUCAGCAGCUCGGGGACAACUGCACGGAGGCUGCUGUCUGUGACCCCCACCGGGGCCUCUACUGUGACUACAGUGGGGACAGCCCGAGGUACGCAGUAGGAGUAUGUGCACAGGUGGUCGGCGUGGGCUGCGUGCUGGACGGCGUGCGCUACAACAACGGCCAGUCCUUCCAGCCCAACUGCAAGUACAACUGCACGUGCGUGGGCGGUGCGGUGGGCUGCACGCCGCUCUGCCUCCGCGCGCGCCCCCCGCGCGUCUGGUGCCGCCACGCCCGGCGGGUGAGCGUGCCCGGGCGCUGCUGUGAGCAGUGGGUGUGCGACGACGACGCCAGGAGGCCACGCAAGACCGCGCCGCGCCACACGGGCGCCUUAGCAGCCAUGGAUGAGAUAGAGCCGUGGCACAGGAACUGCAUAGCCUACAGCAGCCCCUGGAGCGCCUGCUCCGCCAGCUGCGGCCUGGGGGUCUCCACCCGCAUCUCCAACGUCAAUGCCCGGUGCUGGCCUGAGCAGGAGAGUCGCCUCUGCAACCUGCGGCCGUGUGACGUGGACCUCUGGCCACACGUCAAGGAAGGGAAGAAGUGUCUGGCCGUGUACCAGCCAGAAGCGCCCGUGAACUUUACACUGGCCGGCUGCACCAGCACACGUUCGUACCGGCCCAAGUACUGUGGGGUCUGCACGGACAACAGGUGCUGCAUCCCCUACAAGUCCAAAACCAUCGACAUCUCCUUCCAGUGUCCCGACGGGCCUGGCUUCUCCCGCCAGGCCCUGUGGAUUAAUGCUUGCUUCUGCAACCUGAGCUGUCGGAAUCCCAACGAUAUUUUUGCCGACUUGGAUUCCUACCCUGACUUCUCAGAAAUUGCCAAUUAGGCAGGCACAAAACACGAGCUCGAGGCCUGGCCCCAUGCUUGUAAAGCAGGCAGCCUUCUGAGGCCCACACUGAGCCUUCUUCUGUCCACCUUAACCCUGAUCCGGACCCGUGGCCCCCUUUCCUGUCUCCGACCACCCAAAGCACCCAUCGUGGUGCCGUUCAAGCCCAGACAAUGGGUGCUCUCCUGGACAAUUCCACGCACACUCCAAGGAAAGUGCCUGUCUCCAGCCGUUCUGGUCAGUACCCGAGGCUGGUCCGGCCUGUCCAAGUCACUGGACAUCUGGCUGGAUCUUGCCCAAGUCUCAAGGAACAGAAUCAGCUAGGCAUUCAGUGUCACUAAUUCCUUCUUUAAAUACCAAAUCGUAAGACUCUCUGGGUCCAUUCAGAAGGAUAGAUGGGAUUUAGAGCUACUCCGAUCGACGGUUGUGACCACCGCACACCAAAGUAUCUCUCAUUCCAAAGAUUUGUGCCUCCCAAGGUCACCCAGCAUUUGCCAAGUGAGGUGAAUUGCUGUCUGGGUUUGGUUUUUUUAAUAAACAGUUGUAUCCAUUAUUCCGGGCAUUGUUGAGGUCAGGUUUCUCUUCACCCCUGCCCUGUGAGGGGUGUACGUUGGGUUCAUCCCAGUCAGAAAUGCAAGACGAUAAACUUCCUUCUUGUUCCUGGGAGAAGUCCCCAGUCAAUACUCCAGGGUCAGAGCAAGGUCCGCCAACUGUCAGAAGGAGCGAUUGACUCCAGCACUGAAUCUGCUGCUCGUGGACAGGGCAGGGCGCUGGGCAAUCGGCCGGGCUCCUCACUUCUGGAUCCUCUCCCUGCACGGGAGCUCGUGGGAGUUGGUGGAGUCCCCUGGGGUGAUGUCUCUGACCCCUGAGAAUGGUGCCCUGUGACAUUCCUGUGCUCUUAGGGAGCCUUGGGUCCAGCGUGAGUGUGGGUCAAACCAAGAAGUGGUUUCAGAAACAAGAAGUGGGUCCAGUCUGCAUCAGCCUAGGGUGGCAAGGGUCCCUGGGCCCAGGACAUGUCUCUUUCUGCCUCAGUGACCCAUUUCACAGACUGGGGGUCUACUGACCCGUAAAACCCGGUUCUGGUACAAAGACAGAGGUUAACCAGUUGUUUCAAAACAGAAGUAUAUUUAACAGGGAUGAAAAGCUGAAAGGGCUUGAAGCUGUUCAACAAAAGGAAGAGAAAGUUGCUAUUAAUGGAAAUGAGGCUAUUAUUUAUUUUAUUAGUAAAAUAUAAAUAUUUACUGCUAUAAUUCUUUUAUAUAGUACCUUCUAUGUGUCAGACAUUGUUCUCAGUGCUGUACGUAACCGUUAACACUAGCUCAUGGAAACUUCGAGGCCGUGUUGAAAAGUGCCCGUUACUAUUUCUGUUCUUACAUAUGUGAAACAGAAGCUCAGAAAGGGAAGGGAGCUUGACUGAAGUCACCCAGAUGGCCAGUGGAGGAGUCGGAAUGCAAAUCCAAGUUGAAGUGACUCUAUAACCCAUCUUUUCCCUCUACUUUUAGAGCUUCCAAAUGUGUCAGAGCAGGAAAACAUGUCAGGACAGGCGAUUCUCGCAUCAUUUUUGCUUCUUCUUGGUGUCUCUCUAGCUCUUUUCACAAGAGAAGAGAGUGUCUGACUUUCAGAUUAUUUACGUGCCUAAGCAUCAAACAGAAUCUGGGCUAAACCAAAAUCCAUGAAUCCCCUACAGAUCGUUCCCUCCUUCAGAUCUGAACCAGCUCUCAUAUGUGUUUGAAGAUGAUUUUGUUACCCAGUGCUGCAGACUGAGUGAUGGGGCGGUUAUUCAUGAGGGAAUUCUGGGUGGCGAAUUGUGGGUGGGAUUCCUAGACAGGGAAGAAGGGUUGAGAAUGUGCCCUCCUUAACGGUGACCUCCGGAAUGCCCGAUGCAAGGCAUACAGUGGUGCUCAAUGUGUAUUUGAUGAAUAAAGGAAAUUGUGUACAUGUUCCUACUUGUAUUCAGAAGAUCUCUUUCUUCCAAAGGUACAUGACAAUCCGAUUUUUAUCAGCCAAGUCUUAAAUGCCGUAGAAAGACAUUUACUAUUGAAAGAAGUGUACAUUUUUAUUGGGAAAAAAACAAAACAAAAGAAGAAUUCCUGUGUGAAGAGAAUUUAUCCCAUGAAUAAUCUCUUCUCUGAGUCUUCAUGGAACAUGUUGGAUUUUCGUAGAAAUCACCUGCCACCUACAAGCUACAAAGACUAGAUGAACGCUGACCCCAUUUGAAAUUCAGCAGACACCCAAGAGCUAGGUUCUUACUGAAUUUGCUUCCCAGUUUGGGAAAGUGAGCAUGGCUUCCAAGAUCCUAGGAAGCCUGCUUGGUGGAAUUGGGGGUUUUAUCCUGGGAAUGGGUGGGAUGGCGUGGCCGGAAUGCUCCGGUUUGAGAAAUGGAUCUGUCCUAUGCAGGCCCCAGACGGAACGUCUCAGCCCCGUGUUUUGAAGUCAUGGGGAAGGAGCUAUGGGCCCAGCCGUGGUGUGCCCUGAGUCAGUAAAAGUUACAAGUAAUAAUCAUAAUGAAAAGCUGUCCCUUUACUUAGAGUGCUUGCUUGGUACCAAGCGCUCUUAAGUUUUGAAUUAUAGUACUAAUCAUCACAGCGAUUUUGAGGAAGCAUCUCUUGCCUGUUUUAUAAAUGGAAAGUCUGGGACUCAAAGAGGCUGGGAAAUCUGCCUCCCAAAGUAGCGACCCAAAUCCCAGCUUAUUCCACUCUUCCUUGCUCUUGGGGAGGCCUCCGGGGAGAGCCUGAAUGAGCCCUAUCGGAGUGUCACGUUGGCGGGGGGCUAAAAUAGAGCAGGAAGCUUGCCACUCUAGUCCUCUGUGACCCCAUGUUCUGGGGGAAGGGAAAGGUAUGCUAAAGAUUUGUCAACUUUUGGUGAAGAAAUUCAUGUAGGUGCUUGGAGUGAACAUCUCGUGUGUGUGUAGGUGUGUAGGGGAAAGAGGAAACCUGAAUUUACUGAACCACCGAUGCUUGCUAAACCUUAUCAUUAGCAUCUGUUGAGCACUUACCAGGCCUUAUACUGGGUGCUUUACUGCAGUGUCUUAUUUAAUCCUCAGAGCAAACCUAUGAGAUAUGGCAUUAUUAUCAUUUACCAUUUUAGAAAUAAGAUAGCUGCGGCUAUUAGAGGUUAAGUUAUUUGCUCAAUGUCUUACCAGCUAAUGAAUUACAGACCAGGAUUGCACACCAAGGUUAGUCUGACGUCCGAAUCAAAAGGCACAAGACGUGCUUUACUGACAAUAGCUGCAAUUUUAACUUUGAAAGGGAUUCAGAGAGUGAUCAAAGAAGGUCGAUUCAAGUGAUAUGAUUGUCUAGACUCUCACUGACAUUGUAAGUACUGUGUAUACCUAGAGAUCGUGGGGAGGUAAUGUAGCCUGUGACUAUUAUACUGAAUCAGGUCACUGAUUUUUAAAGACUUACCUUGAUCCAAAGUAACUGCAAUGAUAACCCUGCACAGCUGGGAAUCAUGAAUGGUCAGAAUGGCCAGCUGUGUAUUUCUGCACAUACACAUACGUGUUGUAUGUAUGUGUAAAUAUAUAUAUAUGUGUGUGUGUGUGUGUGUGUGUGUGUCUGUUUUCAGACUAUGACUUAAUAUUUAAGUAUUCCUACUGCCAUUUUGGUGACUACAAAAUACAUAUGAAGAAAUGUCUUGGAAUUUCCCAAUAGAGGAAAAGUAGCACUUGGGCAAUCUGUCAUGUUUUACAACAGUCCUCAUUUUUCUCAUGAUUUGUGUAGCAUGGAACGUGUUUAUUUAAUGUGAAGGGUUUUCAUUGCUCAAAUUCCCUGUUUAUAGCUUUUCCCCUUAAAGCAAUAUAUCAUCAGCAAAGUGACUUACUGGAUUGGGUGAAUUUUCUUGUAUAUUCAGUUAUUAUGAGGCAAUGAUGGAACAUUGAACACGUUCAAUAAAUGUGCAGAUGGUGGAAAUUAGGUCCCAGAUAUUUUAUACAUGACAAUAAAAAUAGCUAAAAGUUUGGAAAUGCACUGAGAAAUAUGAAUUCUGGCAUGUAGAAAACACCAGGGGUACAAAUGUGUCCAGGCCAAAAGACAUCUCAUGUAAAUAUAAAAUGAACAUUUGGCAUUCAUUCACUUACUCAUUUAUUCCAUGCCUUUUUAUAUCCCCAACUGCCCUGUGGGUACCUGGAGGUCAGAGAC